UCUCUAGAAUCCAGGGGCUGGGCGUGCCUGAUUUACAGACUUUCUGCAUUGAACCACGGCACUGUGCCCACUAAACGCUGCCCUUCUCUCUCUCCAAAACCCAUCCUCUCUCUUUUUUUCUUCCUACUACUCAUCGCUGCGUCGUUUUUUCUAUCAACCCCUUUGGAACCGAGAAAAGAGAAGGAAAGGAAAGAAAAUCCACUCCCUGUUUCUGGGGCCCUUGUUCCUCGUCUCCUUUUUCUUCCUUCCUCCUUUUUUCCCUGGGCCCAGGUGCCAUUUGUCUUUUUUUUCCUUGGUCCCUGUAAAACGCAACGCCCCCGGAUUUCUCUUGCGUAGCAGCCGGUGGCCCGUCAUGACAAGGCCAACCAUCAUCCGCGCCGACACCCUCGAUCUGCGAGACAAGGACACUCAUCACCCGACCGACACAAAGCAACAGUUCGCCAACUCUUCAUCAUCCGAUCCUAGCCAUCCUGAUUCGACAGACCUCGCCCAUCAGAAACCACACAUUGGCGCUCACCAGGCCGAAACCCUCCGCGAGAUUGCGCACGAGACGGCCCAGGAAGAGUUGCGCAGCCCCCGUCUUGCCCAGUUUGGCGGCGACUCUGAUCAGUUCUACCACGACGAGCCCGAGCUGCAUCCUGCCGAAAUCGCCGCCAACAAGAUGGACGCGUAUCGACGACACGAGGAAGAGGCCUUGACGGCCUCCCAACAGGCCGCCCAGCAAGCUGCCGCUGCCCAUGGCUCCGACUCGGAAGACGAGCACAUGGAGGAUGGCGACAUUGACAUUGAGGACGACAUGAUGGACAAAAUCUCCAGCUCUCCUUCCAUCGAAGAUGAGGACAUUGACUUCGACUUCGUAUACGCCCUGCAUACCUUUGUCGCCACAGUUGAGGGCCAGGCCAACGCAACAAAGGGUGACACCAUGGUUCUCCUGGACGAUAGCAACAGCUACUGGUGGCUGGUGCGUGUCGUCAAGGACAGCAGUAUUGGUUACCUUCCCGCAGAGCACAUCGAGACCCCUACCGAGCGUUUGGCCAGAUUAAACAAGCACAGAAAUAUUGACUUGUCCGCCACCAUGCUUGGAGACCAGGCUACCAAGCCCAAAAAAGCCUUUAUGGGCAUGAGCAAGAAGCGAAAGACGGUCGUCUUCUCUGAGCCUACAUAUGUAGACUACUCAGACUUUGACUACUCUACAGACGAGGAAGAUAUGGAGGAGCUGCUGGGUGCCCAAGAAGGACAGGUCCAAGAAAAAACUGCCGAGUCCGCCGAAGGCCAAACAGACUCGGGACCCAACGUCGAGGUUAUACAAAACGGACACAAGGAAGAUGAAGCUGUCGUUGCUGGCGACGAAAAGGCUGCCGUUGCCAAGAAGACGGAGCCCACGAUUAAGGAAGUCCAGCAGGAUUCUGAUGACGAGCUUAUCGAAAGCACCGUCGAGGGCCCCAGCCGCUCGAGGAACGGCACGGUUAGAAACACGGACUCGUUCUUCAAGGACAGCUCAGAGACCAAGAAGAUGACUCUCACGCCUAACCUACUGCGCGACGAUAACGUCUCGUCACCGCCAGAUGCUGAGCGUGAUAGACAGGCGGUCAUGGACAAGUUUGAACGGGAGCUUGCUACCCCUGACAAGGAGAAGAGAAAGAGCAAGGACAAGAAGCCUAGCGCAAUCCGCAACUUUUUCUCUAGAAAAGAAAAGAAGCGGGCGCAGGACGACGACGACGAGUCGUUUGGCAAGCGGUCCAUGGAUAUCAUGUCAGAGCCUCGCGACAGCGACGACCGCUAUGACGAGGCCAGCCCCGAGAAGAACAGCCGCAGGCUUCAAAAGCCUCAGCCUCGCUCGGAGCCCACAUCGGGCACCCGCAAGGUGUCUGUUGGUGCAGCCCAGAAGCAGACAGUCGAGCUUUCGUCGUACCUCUCAGAGACCAGAACCAACGACGUGUCGUCGGUGCCGCCAGCAUCGAUGCGCAUUACCGACCCCUACACACAAGAGACGCGCGAAGUCCCCUCCAACCAGCAGACAGCGGCGUCAAGAGAAAUCUCACAAGCCAGCCCGGAGCCUACGCCAGUGGCAUCGCCCAGCAGCGGUGGUGCCAUGUCUGCACUGUCCAAGAUUGUGCCGAGGAGAAGCCCGUCGUCAGGCUCCGACGUCAAGCCUCAAAAGACAAUCAAGGCCAAGACACGUAUGGAGCUGGAGAUUUCAUCCGAGUCCGAGGCCGAGCACGAGGCAGACGUCGUGGUACACUCGCCGCCGUCCAGCAUCGACGAGGAGGCCGCUGCCAUCAUCCCCACCAAGGAGGCUGUCACGCACCACCCGUCGCCCAGCGUGGGAUCCAACCCGCCUGCCCUGGUGGCAGACACAUCGUCCACAGAAGCCCGAACGCCCGAGGCCACGCCGUCGCCUGAGCCCACGCUGUCCAAGGAGGGCAGCACCAAGGCUCCCACAUGGGACGACGGCAAGCUGCGGUCCUUCUUUGACGACGGCGAGCACGUCCGCGACCUGCUUGCCGUUGUCUAUGACAAGAACGACCUUGGCCCUGUGGGUAUGGACCACCCUAUUGCCGGCGGCCUGUUCCGCGAGCAAAACGCCAAGCUGGCCGAAAUCACAACGCAGCUGGACAAUCUCCUCGGCGACUGGCUGUCCCGCAAGCAGCGCACGCGCGGCAGCGUAUAAGUCCUCUGAGUGAGCUUUUAUCCUGUCUGGUGUACCUACCUGCUUUCUUCUCUUGUAUCAUUGCAUCCCCCCCUGUUGCUGUGGCCUCACACGACGCAUAUAUAGAAUCUUCUUGCUUUUUUUUUCUUUCGCCUCUGGUUUUGGGCGGAGAUGUCUUAUGACUUUAUGGAUGGAGGUGCAGAGUGAUCUCUGACUUCUGUGGUGGUGAAUGGUGAUGGGAGUGGUUUGUUUAUACCCGUGCUGAUAUCACCUUUUUCUUACACUCGUUUGUUUUUAUAUUUUUUACCUGUAUAGCGUGUUUUUUGUUUCUAGAGUUAGGAUCGGUGGGCUGUGCAUAGGCUUUUCACAGUAGUUUUCAUUCGCUGGAAGGUUUCCUUGUUUUUUUUAUGUUCUGUAUAGAGUAGGGAUUACAUGUAUUAUGUCUGUCUGACUAGUAUGUCAAAGAAUUCAAAUGCAUCUAAAGAAAAGUGUCUGCUGUUGUUGAGAGUUGCCGUGCUAGAUGUCGAGAAGUGGAAAUGAUUCGGGUUGUACUGGUGGGAGGGGGUAUAAUGAAAAUUGGUGUGUAAAUGAUGUGACUUAAGGCUACAAAAUAGUAGCUCUGUGCGGGUUGUUGGGGAGUAAGUCUGGACGUUAUAGUAUGUCUAGCCAUUGGAAAUAGCUCGCAAGACUUACAGAUGAUAUAUGUAUUGCCUUUGAAAUUGGAUUGGAAGCACCUGAAGAUGAACAGCUGUGGUAGGUGGUAGGUGUUAUAAGACGAACUCUUCGGGCCUCCGCGGGUUGAUGGAUGCUAUGCUGUCUUGUAAUCCAAGAGAUCUAUGACAAUGCAUGUCAAAUCUACAAAUAGAGAGUCAUCUCGGUGAGCAGGGCAGCAAGUUGGCUGCUAGCCGCACAUAUAUACACGAC